GCUAACGAGGAAGUGAUGGACAAUAGAAGCUACUGUAAUCUGCCAGAAAAACUGCCUGUCUUCUCUGAUUCUGCCCACUUGCCACUGACCAGGGCCUUCUAUCUGGACCCCAUGGUCACUUUCCACUUGUACCCUGAAGCCCCGGUGUCAUCCCCUUACUCUGAAGACCUGCCGUUGCGGCCCUUUUCCAGAGAUUCCCUGAUCAUGGAAAAUUACUCUGAAACCUGCUCCCUCUCCUUCCCAAUGCCCUAUGCAAAUUACAGAAGGGGCGACUGCUCCUAUGGGCCUGCCUUUAUCCGGAAAAGGAAUGAACGGGAAAGGCAGAGGGUGAAGUGUGUCAACGAAGGCUACGCCCAGCUCCGAAACCAUCUGCCAGAGGAGUACUUGGAGAAACGACUCAGCAAAGUGGAAACCCUCAGAGCUGCAAUCAAGUACAUUACUUACCUGCGAUCUCUUCUGUACCCUGAUAAGGCCGAAACCAAGAAUAACCCCGGGAAAGGUUCCACUGUAACAGCAGCCACCAGCCACCAAACUGACCCCAUUUUUAGAAUUAUUUGACUUAGUGUUUCCUAACAGAAACAAAUAAUAUCACAAAAUGGGGUCUUUUGGAGCAUGAUGCAAUAGUCUUUCCUAAAUGUAA